AUGAAAACCCUCCACACUGUGCUCCUGCUAGCCCUUGGCUUCACAGUCACCCAGGCCUACCUUGACUACAGGGCUUUGUGGCAGUUCAGGGCUAUGAUCCUCUGCACCAUGCCUGACAGCUGGCCAGUCCUAGAUUACAGCGACUACGGAUGCUAUUGCGGCAAGGGCGGCUCAGGAACCCCUGUCGACGAGCUGGACAGAUGCUGUGAGGUUCAUGACCACUGCUACAAUGCUGCCAUGCAGCAUGAUGCCUGCUGGACCAUCCUGGACAAUCCCUACACUGAGAUCUAUGCCUAUCAAUGUGACAAAGCCAAUAAGAAGAUCACCUGCAAAAGCAACAACAAUGAGUGUGAGAUGUUCAUCUGUGAGUGUGACAGGAAGGCUGCUGAGUGCUUUGCUGUUGCUGGCUACAAUGAGGAGAAUAAGCACUUGCCCAGCGAUCGCUGCAAAUGAACCCUGAGGCUGUACCACACAGAGCUCCAGAAUGGACAGAUAUGAAACCCUUUUUGCAUUAAGCAAUAAAUUCUGCAUUAACAAGCAUCA